CUUCUCAAGCCGUCAGCCGAACGCGAUCUUGGCCAGGAGUGCUCGCAAGACUCCUCAAAAUUCGACUCUUGCAGUUCGACCCGAAGAGCACGAAGGCAAAAUUUUGGGCUCAACGACCACCGACCCACCAUUUUUCAGCUCGUGUUUUCUGUCGUAUUGUUGCUUGCUGCUGCUGCCAAUGCAUCAGUGUCCUGAAGCUUGUGUUUCCACUUGAUCCAUUCCAUUGACCGCAACAUCAAGCUGAUCUGAUUGCUCAUCUUUUGCCGAAGUAAAUCAGCCAGAAGCACUCACGCUAACUUAAUAGAUAAGGUAAACGCAACCAAGGCAAUCAUGGCCACGACUACAAGUGUCGGGGACUCGUCCUCCUUUAAAAGCGACGAAGAUGGCGGAGAGAUGGGACACCUGUCCGUCUCUGUAUCUGAGCUCAAUCAGCUUCGUCAACACGUAAUUGCCAUGCGCAAGAACAUGACACAGAAGAACCGUCAAAACAUGGCACCGGCUGCCGACAACGUUUCCGUCUUGGAAGAGGUGGAUUUGACGGGUUCCCGUGCCAAUGGCGCCGCAGGUCUGGUCUUGGCGGAAGAAAACAAGACACCCGAGGAAAAGAGACGAUUGUUCCGUCUCGCCGUUAUUUCCAACAUGUUCUUCAUGCUCGGAGCCAUCCUCUACAUUUGUGUGGCUCAUGGCGACCUUCAGUGGGCCAAAGACGUUCAGGGAAUUCCUCUGGACGUCCUCACAGCGGAUGACGACGCCGCUUGGAAAGACUUCCAGAAGAACCGUCAGACAACGGCUACUGCCAAUCCUCCUCAUGUUCGUCAUGCUCGUACCUUGACAGGUGGAGGUGGCGGUGGAGGUGGAAUGCGGAAUGACCAAGACCAGGACUUCAACGGAAUGAUGUGGGGUGAACUGCCACCGGACAUUCAGUUGGCUUUGAUGGUCCUCGGCCACAACGAGCGUACGUGGGACUUGGGAAUGACAUCUUCCAUAGAAGAGCUCCCCUGGAACAAAAUGACGAAAGAACAACAAGACGCCGCCGAGAUUAUUGGAUAUACCGCUGAAGAAUGGGACGAAGAGGAAGAAGAAAUGGAACAGCUCUGGGAAGCCACGCAGCAAGCCUAUUACGAUACGGACGCCGACGAUGGAGCUCCUGAUGACGAUCGAGCAAAUGAUGAUGCUCCUGAGGAUGACAGGGUAAACGAUGAUAGAGCAAAUGACGAUGCUCCCGAUGAUGACAGAGCGAACGACGAUCGAGCUCCUGAUGAUGAUGCUCCCGAGGAUGAGGACGAUAGAGUAAAUGAUGACCAAGCUCCUGAAGACGAUAGAGUAAACGACGAUGCUCCUCAGGAUGACCGAGUGAAUGACGAUGCUCCCCAAGAUGACCGAGUAAACGACGACGCUCCUCAAGACGACCGCGUGAAUGAUGAUGCCCCUGAGGAUGACAGAGUUCAGGAUGGAGACGACAGGGUCAACAAUGACGACAGGGCAGCAGAUGAUGAUGAGCCUGAGGAUGACGCCGUUGACGACCAAACGGACGAUGGUGAUGUGACAGCUGGGGAGGUUUUUGGCUGGUACAAAGGACAGCACGAUGACUACUACCCCGAAGGUUCCACGCCGCCUCCGACCACAACAGCUCCUGUGCCCAAGUACAAUGUUGAUGGAGGCGAGAUUGCGCAAUCCACUCCGGCAGCACAAGCAGUUGUCACUCGCCCCCCUGUUGUCGAAACAACACCUCCUGCCACCAAUGCGGCGUCGACCACCCAAACAUCCAUUCCAAACCUCGAAAAUGCCCGAUCUCCAGCCGACCUCAUGGUAUGGGGGAAGUAUGACUGGGAGGAUAUCCCUUUGAAGUACCAAAAGGCGUUUGAAAUCUUGGGAUACAACGAGGAGUUGUGGAACACUGGUGGAACCGCACUCACGGAGGAUUUGUCCUGGGACAAUCUGACGCAAGCCCAGCAGGUACAAGCAUCCAUCUUGGGAUACAACGAAGCUCUUUGGAACGAAGCUCAAGAUGGCGACUACGAUAGCUACACGGGACGAGAUGUUGUCCCAGCAGCCAACACCGAAACUGAUCCAGAACGCGCAAACGACGGCAGAGAUGAUGACUAUCCUGUGGUCAACGCGAACAAGGUCGCAAGUGAUAGCAGUAACGAUGAUGAAUUCAUGAAGAUCGGAGACAUGGAUAUCGAGACAAACGCUGUCCUUCUUUUCUUUGCGGCGCUCUCGUUUUUGAUUGUUGGAAUCAUCAGCUGGCUCCGAGAACGACAAGUCUUCCACAUCUGGAUGGUUCAAGGAGGCGUUUGGGGUAUCCUCAGCGCUCUUACAAUGGGCUUCAGUUCUUUUGCUUCUCUUCUUCUACAGACAGUCUCCGUGCACUGCUUCCUGCUCGAAUCCGUCUUCAUGUUGAAGCUCCGCGCUACGAUUCGUCCUGUUGAAGGUUCCGAACGAAUGACUUAUGCAUUGUGGGGAGCGGAUGUUUCGUACGCAAUUGGUGCCGUAAUCCAAGUUGCACUUGUGUACGUCUUGCAUCUGGAUAGCGAUGCCUAUUAUGAUGUUGGUGUUGGUUACGCCGAAGUUUUCGCCGCGUGGUUUUGGUUCAUCGCUGCUGUAAUUUAUUCCUACCACACCAUGUCCGUGGCGAACAAGGGCAUCGAGGAAGACAGCGCAACUCGAACGUUGACUAUCCAGCGCCAACAUGCGAACGGCGACACCUACACAAUCCGACCUGCAGCGAUCCAGCUCCGCAACAUGGCAAAUCACCCUGUCGUGUUGACUUGAGCUUUGGCUUGACAACAGGCAGAACGGCGACGAAGCCACGGAAAGGUCUGAAAUUUUGUGUCAUAGUUUAUAACUCUCAACAUUAUCAUAAUUCACAUAUAGUACAUUGCCUCAUCUUUUG